AUGAUUCGACGUACCUUUCGCGAGUCAGCCAGUGAGUACCUUGGAGCUAAAAUAACUGAAGCCAUUAUAUCCGUUCCGGCUCAGUUCAGCAAUGCGCAACGAGCAGCAACCAAAGCAGCAGCAGAAUUGGCUGGACUGAAAGUACUGAAGCUGGUCAGUGAACCGGUUGCUGGAGCGAUCCAUUACACGCAUAAUAAGUGGGAUGUCGAAAGGAAGAUUGUGGUAUUUGAUAUGGGAGGUGGAACGACGGAUGUAUCCAUAGUAAAUGUCAGUAAAGAAAAAUUUGAAGUGUUGAACGUGGAAGGAGAUACGUUCUUAGGCGGUAGAGACUACGAUAACUUGUUAGUAGAUUAUUUUAAAACGAAAUUAAUUGAAGAAUUUAAUGAAACUGUUAUCACUCCGAGACUCAUAAGGACGUUAAAAGAAAAAUGUUCUGUUAUCAAAGAGAAACUAUCCGACAAAACAAAGUGUUCUCUGGCUUUAGAUUGUAUAAUAAAUAUGAGUGAUAAUGUCUUUAACAUAUCACUAACACGACACGAAUAUAACGAGCUAACAGAUUCGAUAACUAGAAGAGCUUUAGACUUGGUACAGAAAUGUCUCGCCGAUGUGGGACUGUCAAAUCAUAAUAUAGGUAACGUCCUUCUUAUCGGAGGAAUGACAAGAAUGCCGAGGAUUCGCGAAGAACUCCGAGCAUUUUUUGACUCUAGAAAAAUAAAAACCGACUUGAAUCCGGAUGAAGCUGUUGCUUUGGGUGCUGCGAUCCAAGCUUCGUUCAUAAAAAAUAAAUGUGUAGAAUUGAAAGGUAUAACGUUGCUGAGGUAA